AUGGCGGAGCUCAAUGCUCUGCCACUCCGGCUGAGGAACUUCUUCGCGCGGUAUCCCCCUCAGCUCUAUUCGGCAAAAUUCACGGGCGUCACCAUACCGCUGACGCGGAGAGAAGCAAAAGAGGCCGCCAUCGCACGAGCCGCCGAGCUACAGAACCAAGCAUCUUCUUCACAACCACCUUCGCGGCCGGUCGCGAGCAUCCUUGCACAGCCUAUAUCGGUAUCAACAACAGCGUCCUCUUCACCGUCGGAAACAUCAACAGCGGUGGCACCCGAGGAAGCAGCACCUCCAACACCCACACCCGUAUCGGCGUCCAGUAUGCUGCAGAAAUUCCCGCCAAACCCCUUCCUCCCACGCAAAAACUUCGUGACCGGUCGCUGGGCCGGUCCCAAGAUCGGUCUACGCCGGCAAGCAGACCUCGUGAGACUCGCAAAGCAGUUCGAUAUCGAAGAACUCCUCCCACCCGGGCGGAAAUCCUCCGCGUUCAAGGAGACACGGUUGCUGCAGAGGGGGUUGAGGAUUAGAGGGACGGGCGAGGGACAGAAGGUCAAGGGCCACAAGUGGGAGAGACAAAUGGGCGCGACGCUGGAGAAGAGGAGGAAGGCGAUGGAAAGCAUGCCCGAGUUGAUAAGGGAGUGGAAGCAAAAAGGCCAUGGGCGAGGUUGGAAGAAGUAUCCAAAAUGA